UUUUUUCUGUCAAUUUUCAGUUCACACACACACACACACAUACGGUAUAUACAUACGUGAGGGAUAUUUUCUCAUUCCUCUGUCUUAAUUUCACUCAGAUACACACCGUGUGAUAAAUAGACAAAUAUAUAAUCAUGGUAGGCUACUGUCCAAUUUGUGGGAAGCCUGUCUACUUUGCUGAGAAGAAGAGGUCCCUGGGAAGGGACUACCACCCCCUGUGUCUGAAGUGCCAAAAUUGCAAGAGACAGCUCACAGCUGGACAGCAUGCUGAGUGUGAUGAUAAGCCAUACUGUACACACUGCUACCUCAGGAAGUUUUGUCCAAAAGGUAACAGGUGACAGGUGUUGGCCGUUCAUCUCCUCCACAGAAACCAAACUCUGCUGACACACAUCUGUAUAUUCACUUCAGCUGACUGUCAUUGACAUCUCUACAACAUAAAUGUUUAUAAAUGUAUGAUGACCACUUCAUUCCACAUGUACAUGUUUUUUUUUCACUUUUAUAACUGCAUGUAGAAAUGUGUGGAUUACUGUCAUGCAUAUAAUGAACAUUUCAACACCAAA